AUGACGUUUGGCCUGCUCUCUUUUCUUUUUCCCCUUUCUUUUUUCACUCGUUGGAUUGGCCUGAAAACGGCUGAAGAAAAGGUUAAAAAUAAGCACCUUGCCAUCCCACCAAACAACCGCGUUGGUUGGUUCGGGACACUAUCUUCCAUGUGGACACUACCACGAACUUUCGUCGCCAACCGGCUGGAUUGGCUGUGUCGAGUCACCAAGCGCGGAUUUGUACGGGAGCGAGCAGAACCAUCUGAAAACUCGAGACUAACUGGUAACCCAGGCAUCGGGAAUGACGACACAAUUGCAAAGUCUGAAAAGACCCUACGGGUCAGAGACGGCACGCAUCUGUUCGAUGUCGAAUGCUUAUCUGAGAGUGUCCACCUGUCCCUCUUUGGGACAUUCGGCCUUUCAGCUCUACCAAAACAGAUCUAG